AUGAUUUUAGAUUUUCCCGAUAAUCUAAAUUCUAGUCAAUCUAUAAUGCCUGAGAAAUAAACAAAAGAUUGGCAUUCAGAUUUGAAGUUUCUGCAUUACUUCCCCAAAAAUAAAUGUUUUGGAAAGGAGGAACAAGAAAUUACCAGAAAUAUUAAAAAUAUUGAAAUGCAUUAUAAGGUAUUCUUAUCUGUGUAAAAAGUAAAAAGUAUUAGAAAUGGUAUCACAAUUACUAACUGAUGAAUAAGGCACUUUGAAUAUCAUACCAAAAAAAGCAAACAUAGAUUUGAAGAGAGCAAUCUAACCAAAAUUAGACAAAUUAAAAAAAAAGACAGAAAGAGCCAUUGUGGAUAUAUUGAGUACAUAAUUGAUAUAAAAUAAAGAUGAAAGAUUUUUAAAAAAAGAUGCAGAUAAAAAAGAAGAAUUCAUAGAACCAUAAACUUCCUCUAUUGUAGAACCAAUUAAGGACAUAACUAAUGUCUAUGAUAAAGAAAUUGAAAUGGAUGAGGAUGAUUACGACGAUGAUUACGAAACAUUAUGA